AUGUCGUUCAUAACGCUAAUAGUGACGCUAUCUAUCUUCUGGCUGGCACUACACGCACUCUUCGCGUACUUCCGCCAUUCGUCCUCUGGCAACUCUUCAAGCCAACUUCCUUUCCGCCGAUUCGAUUCUCCAACUACAAACUCAAGGCAGGGCUUGGCUAGGUUUCUGCGCUUUUUAGGGAUAAAUUUGAAUCUGGACUCGGGAAAUACGGAGGUGACGCUGAAGAAUGUGCAUUUGAGGAUAGAGACGAGUGCGUUCAAUGAGGUUCAUGAUCGGUUUACUGCGUGGUUUUUGAAGAGGAGGAGGGCGGGUCUGACGAGGGCUGUGAAGAGGUUAUAUGAUGUUGGGACGGUGGUAUGUGUGGCUGGGAUGGUUGUGGGUGUUGCAGGGCUGGUGUGGGUUGUUGGGAGUGGAAUUGGUGAUAUGCUUUGGCCGAAAGCGUUGGAUGGAGAGGCUGGGGAAGGUGUGGGGAGACUGGCGAAGAGAAACUGGGAUGAUGGGGUAGAAGUUAGAGAACUCAGAGAGGAGGGAAGUUCCUUUGGGUUGACGCCCAUCCUCCCUGGUGUUACAGUUCCUCUAUCAGACUUGCCCAUUAUCGUGGUCAGUGUCUUCAUCCAACAGGUGAUACACGAGCUCGGACAUGCUGUCGCUGCUGCGCUGUGA